GCGGGAGGGUCCCCGUGGGCGCCCGGAGGCGCAGGCGGGGCGGGGAGAGCGGGCCGGGCGGAGCAGGCGAGGGGCGGGCGCGCGGGUCCCGGGGAUCGCCGAGCGGGCUUGGGGAGGCCGGGAGAGCCAGCGGCGGGGGCGGGAGCCCGGCGGGCUCAGCGCUGAGUGGAGAGAGAAAGAGAGAGAGAGCGCUGGGCCAAGCCGCCGCUCGGCGCGUUCUCGGAGCCGCCAGUCCGCGCGUCCCCGCAGCCUUCCGGGAGGAAGCGGCGCCGCGGCCGGGUGCAGCCUCACCUGCCGGCCCUUCCCCGCCGGGCGGCGCAGAAGGACAGAGGGUCGCGGCCCCGCGACGUACUUCAGCCGGUCGCAGCGUCUAGGACCCCGCGCGGGGUGCCGGCUCCAUGGCGACCGGGCUCGGGGAACCCGUCUACGGACUUUCGGAAGAGGAGGGGGAAUCCCGUAUUCUCAGAGUAAAAGUUGUUUCUGGAAUUGACCUCGCCAAAAAGGACAUAUUUGGAGCCAGUGACCCAUAUGUGAAGCUGUCAUUGUAUGUAGCGGAUGAGAAUAGAGAACUUGCUUUGGUUCAAACAAAGACAAUUAAAAAGACGCUGAACCCGAAGUGGAACGAAGAGUUUUAUUUUAGAGUAAAUCCAUCUAAUCAUAGGCUCCUGUUUGAAGUAUUUGAUGAGAACAGAUUGACACGAGACGACUUCCUGGGUCAAGUGGACGUGCCUCUUAGUCACCUUCCGACAGAAGAUCCAACCAUGGAGAGACCCUAUACAUUUAAGGACUUUCUCCUGCGACCAAGAAGCCAUAAAUCGCGAGUCAAGGGUUUUUUGCGGUUGAAAAUGGCGUACAUGCCGAAAAACGGAGCUCAGGAUGAAGAAAACAGCGAGCAGAGGGACGACAUGGAGUCACCAGUGAAUCGGUUGAUUUUCCGCUGGCUUUACCAGGGGAUGUUAGGAAAGCAAUACUUAAUGCCGAAGCAUGGAUGGGAGGUUGUUGACUCCAACGACUCAGCUUCCCAGCACCAGGAGGAGCUCCCUCCUCCUCCCCUGCCACCAGGAUGGGAAGAGAAAGUGGACAAUUUAGGCCGCACUUACUAUGUCAACCACAACAAUAGGAGUACCCAGUGGCACCGGCCCAGCUUGAUGGAUGUGUCCUCCGAGUCAGACAAUAACAUCAGGCAGAUCAACCAGGAGGCCGCACACCGGCGUUUCCGCUCGCGGAGGCACAUCAGUGAAGACUUGGAGCCUGAGGCCUCGGAAGGCGGUGGAGAGGGCCCUGAGCCUUGGGAGACCAUUUCAGAGGAAGUGAACAUGGCAGGAGACUCUCUUAGCCUGGCUCUGCCCCCACCUCCUGCCUCCCCAGUGUCUCGGACCAGCCCCCAAGAGCUGUCGGAGGAACUGAGCAGAAGGUUACAGAUCGCUCCAGACACCAAUGGGGAACAGUUCAGUUCUCUGAUCCAGAGAGAGCCCUCGUCGAGGCUUCGGUCCUGCAGUGUUACCGACACGGUUGCUGAGCAGGCUCACCUACCACCGCCCAGCACCCCAACUAGGCGAGCGCGUUCAUCAACUGUCACGGGUGGUGAGGAACCAACGCCAUCAGUGGCCUAUGUACAUACCACGCCGGGCCUCCCUUCAGGCUGGGAAGAAAGAAAAGAUGCUAAGGGACGUACAUACUAUGUCAAUCAUAACAAUCGAACCACAACUUGGACUCGACCAAUAAUGCAGCUUGCAGAAGAUGGUGCCUCCGGAUCAGCCACAAACAGUAACAACCACCUAGUCGAGCCUCAGAUCCGCCGGCCCCGUAGCCUCAGCUCGCCAACAGUAACUUUAUCUGCCCCACUGGAGGGUGCCAAGGACUCACCCAUACGCCGCGCUGUGAAAGAUACCCUUUCCAAUCCACAGUCCCCUCAGCCAUCACCUUACAACUCCCCCAAACCACAACACAAAGUCACACAGAGCUUCCUGCCACCAGGCUGGGAGAUGAGGAUAGCUCCAAACGGCCGACCCUUCUUCAUUGACCAUAACACAAAGACUACAACUUGGGAAGAUCCACGCCUGAAAUUUCCAGUACACAUGCGCUCAAAAGCAUCUUUAAACCCCAAUGACCUGGGCCCUCUUCCUCCCGGUUGGGAAGAAAGGAUCCACUUGGACGGCCGGACGUUUUACAUUGACCAUAACAGCAAAAUCACUCAGUGGGAAGAUCCGAGACUACAGAACCCAGCCAUCACGGGUCCGGCUGUUCCUUACUCCAGAGAAUUUAAGCAGAAGUAUGACUACUUUAGGAAGAAAUUAAAGAAACCUGCUGAUAUUCCAAACAGGUUUGAAAUGAAGCUCCACAGAAACAACAUAUUUGAAGAGUCCUAUCGGAGGAUCAUGUCUGUGAAAAGGCCCGAUGUCCUAAAGGCUAGACUGUGGAUUGAAUUCGAAUCAGAGAAAGGACUGGACUAUGGGGGUGUCGCCAGGGAAUGGUUCUUCUUGCUGUCCAAAGAGAUGUUCAACCCCUACUAUGGCCUCUUUGAGUACUCUGCCACGGACAACUACACACUUCAGAUCAAUCCCAACUCAGGCCUCUGUAAUGAAGAUCAUCUGUCCUAUUUCACUUUCAUUGGAAGAGUUGCUGGCUUGGCAGUGUUUCAUGGAAAACUCUUAGACGGGUUCUUCAUUCGACCAUUCUACAAGAUGAUGUUGGGGAAACAGAUAACUCUGAACGACAUGGAGUCUGUGGACAGCGAGUAUUACAACUCCCUGAAAUGGAUCUUAGAAAAUGACCCCACGGAACUUGACCUCAUGUUCUGCAUAGAUGAAGAGAAUUUCGGACAGACCUAUCAAGUGGAUCUGAAGCCCAAUGGGUCAGAAAUAAUGGUGACGAAUGAAAACAAAAGAGAAUAUAUUGACUUAGUCAUCCAGUGGAGAUUCGUGAACAGGGUCCAGAAGCAAAUGAAUGCCUUCUUGGAGGGAUUUACAGAACUUCUUCCAAUCGAUUUGAUUAAAAUUUUUGAUGAAAAUGAGCUGGAGUUGCUGAUGUGCGGCCUGGGUGACGUUGACGUGAAUGACUGGAGACAGCAUUCUAUUUACAAGAAUGGCUACUGCCCCAAUCAUCCUGUCAUCCAGUGGUUCUGGAAGGCUGUGCUCCUGAUGGAUGCUGAGAAGCGGAUCCGGCUACUACAGUUUGUCACAGGCACCUCCCGAGUACCCAUGAAUGGAUUUGCCGAACUUUAUGGUUCCAAUGGUCCUCAGCUGUUUACAAUAGAGCAAUGGGGCAGUCCUGAAAAACUACCCAGAGCUCACACAUGCUUUAAUCGCCUUGAUUUACCUCCAUACGAAACCUUUGAAGAUUUGCGGGAGAAACUUCUCAUGGCCGUGGAGAACGCCCAAGGCUUUGAAGGGGUGGAUUAAGGCCUCCUGCGUCGGGGGCACUGCCCUUCCAGCAAGUUCUGCGUGCACUUUUGCAUUUGCCUAGCAGACUUUUGCAGAGCCGGUGGCAGAAGCAGUUGCCUGACCUGGCUCUGGAGCCCAGCUUGUCCGGGCCACGCCCACGUUCCGCCAGGGAACCCAGUCCCGGCUCGAGUGCCGCCCCUUCACCACCAAUUCUCAACUGGUUAGCGUGUACUCUGAUUACAUUUCAGGAGGACUUGUUCUAUUUAUGUUGUGCCUCUGCAGGCAAAGCCCUUAAUAAAUAUUUUGCAUACUUUCUAAUGACAAUGAAUGGAAUUAAUCACACUACAGGUAUAGUAUUACAACUCAUGUUUACUUUUUAAAAAUGAUUUAGACUGAUUUUCAGAUUUUAUUUCAUUACAAUUAAAGAUGUCUCAUGUACUUGGAAAAGUGAGCAUAUUUUUUUGUAUUUGAAUUUCAUAUCAAGCUUAAUGUCGGUGACAUU